AUGGAUCAGGGUAACAAGGAUAUCUUCCCAUCUGAGCCCGAUAGGAGAGACGUAUGGGUACCAGACAAGACGCAAGGGUAUAUUGCCGCUUAUGUUGUGCGUGAGGAGGGUGAGCACAGCGUGUGCUGUCUUGCCACCGGCGUCACAGUCUCCGUGCCAACAGCCACAUUGAGUGAGAUGAACCCCCCAAAGUUCGAUAAAGCAGCCGACAUUGCAGAAUUAACCCAUCUAAAUGAAGCCAGUGUGGUGCACAAUCUGCGUCAACGCUACUUCAGCAAUUUGAUAUAUACCUACUCUGGCCUUUUCCUGGUGGCUGUGAACCCAUAUCAUUCGUUACCAAUUUAUACCGAACAAAUUAUUGAAAUGUAUAAAAACAAGCGCCGAGAAGAGAAUGCACCUCAUAUUUUUGCUAUUGCUGAUGGUGCGAUGCAAAACAUGUUGAAAGGCCAUGCGAAUCAGUCUUUGUUAAUUACAGGUGAAUCUGGUGCUGGUAAGACCGAGAAUACGAAGAGGGUGAUUCAAUACCUUGCUGCUACGGCGAUGGAUGCUGAUUCAAUGAGCCCUUGGCAUGCAGGAGAGCCUUUAGGCCUAUUAGAACGCCAAAUUCUGCAAGCAAAUCCAAUCCUCGAGUCUUUCGGUAAUGCGCAAACUGUCCGCAACAAUAACUCAAGUCGAUUCGGCAAGUUUAUCCGUAUCGAAUUUUCAGCAUCUGGUACAAUUGCUGGCGGGAAUAUCGAAUGGUAUCUGCUCGAGAAAAGCCGCGUGCACAGUCGGAAUGCACAUGAACGCAACUUCCAUGUAUUUUAUCAACUACUGCGCAGUCGAGACACAGCACUGCUUGAAAGUUUAAGGCUCAGCAGUUUUCCUGAGAAUUAUGCUUACCUAGCGAAUACGCGAAAGGAUGUUGAAGGUGUUGAUGAUAGUGUUGAGUAUCAUGCAUUACUUGACGCACUGCGGACAAUGGGCUUCUCCAUGACGGAAGAGCAUGACUUAUUCCGCGUCGUUGCGUUGAUCCUGCAUAUGGGCAACCUUGAGCUGGCUGAAGAUCGCUCAGGACAGGCACGCAUAACCAAUAUGGAUCAGUUGAUGCUGGUUAGUGAGCUUAUGGGUGUAAAUGCUUCACAGUUGAAUACAGCACUCGUGCGCCCAACCGUGCGGGCGGGUCGCGAGUCUGUUUCACAAGCACGCACGAAAAAACAAGUGACUGACGAGAUUGCUGCCUUGUGUAAGACCAUGUACGAGCGGACAUUUGGCUGGCUUGUUGACCGAAUUAAUAAGGUGCUUGAUCGGCCCACAAGCAAAUCACAGUUUAUUGGCGUCCUGGAUAUUGCAGGGUUUGAAAUCUUUGAGACUAACUCGUUCGAACAGUUGUGCAUCAAUUACACAAAUGAAAAGCUUCAGCAGUUUUUCAAUCAUCACAUGUUCAUGCUCGAGCAACAAGAGUAUGCGCGUGAGAUGAUCCAGUGGGACUACAUGAACUUUGGUCUUGAUCUGCAGCCGACAAUUGAUUUGAUUGAGUCGACGUCACCUGUGGGAAUUCUUGCGACGCUAGAUGAGGAGUGCAUAAUGCCACGGGCGAAUGACGACACCUUCACUGACAAGCUUGUCAGCAUAUGGGCUCCUCCGAAGUCCAGUGCUGCCACAACAACGUCAAAGUUUUUGCCAUCGCGACAAGUCAAGCGCUUUGUCGUACGGCAUUAUGCCGCCAAUGUUGAGUACAACACAGAGAAUUGGCUUGACAAGAACCGUGAUCCACUCAACGACAAUAUUACCCGUGUGAUGGUAGGCUCUGAACAUCCUUUCUUAUCAUCGCUGUUCGCACAUUUUGUCUCUAGCGAAGAGACUUCGGCUCCGAAAAGUCGGCGCGGUACUUUCCGCACAGUCGGGCAAAGGCACAAGGAGCAGCUCGUGUCACUCAUGAGCCAACUUGACUCUACACAGCCGCACUUCGUCCGGUGUAUCGUGCCUAAUACGCAUAAGCAACCAGGGCGUAUGGAUCUUUCAUUAGUGCUGGAUCAAUUGCGAUGCAACGGUGUGCUGGAAGGAAUUCGUAUUGCACGACUUGGCUAUCCAAAUCGCCUUCCAUUCACAGAUUUCAUUACUCGGUACGCACUUCUUGCUCAAGACGCACUAAGAAGUCAUUCGAUGGAUGGACGUGUUCAAUCUUGUCGGAUUGCUGAGAGUAUUGGCAUGGAUCCUGCGCAGUACAAGAUCGGCCUGACGAAAAUCUUCUUCAAAGCAGGUGUCUUGGCUGACUUAGAGGAGCAGCGAGAUGCAUGUUUACACGACAUCCUGAUGCGGUUCCAGGCAUCGUGCCGUGGCCACCAAACAAGGCGAAUAGUGCAGAAACGUCUGCGACAGCGCGCUUCGAAACAAACUCUUCAACAAAGUGCGCAAGCCUACAUGAAACUGCAAUCAAAUGCUUGGUGGCGUUUGUACAUGCGCCUUUUACCGCUACUGGCAGCAUCGAAAGAUGAUGACGAAAUCAAGCGGCAUGAAAUGGAGAUGGCAAUAGCUCGCGAACGUGCUUUGCGAGAUGAGCAAGAAAAGGCACGCAUGGCUGAGUUGGAGGCGAGACUCAAGCAGCAGUGCAUGAUGCUGGAAGAGCAACUGGACGAUGAGCGUACACAACAUGCCUCGACGCACGACACGCUGAAUGGCACGACACAGCGGCUAACAGAUGCUGAGGCCGAGCUUGCAGAGCUUCAGUCAGAACGAGAAGCUUGGUUACGUGAAACGAAUGACUUGCAGCGACAAAUCGAAGAGGGAUCUCAGCGCGAGACUGAAAUCCAGGCUGAGCUUACAGGUGUGUGUGAGCAGCUGAACAAGCAGCUAUCCUCGCGAGCAAAGUUGGAGCGAGAACAUGGCGAAGCUGUGCUCCGUGCAGAAAGUUUGGAAGAGGCGCUCGACGAUGCUCGCAACUCCCUUCAUUCUUACCAAGAACGCACUGAACAACAUAUACAAGACCUGGCAGCAAAACACGAGGCUGAACUCCACCGUAUGCGCACAGAACUGGAGCUAGUCACACAGCGAGCCGAAGACUAUGAGGACAUGAAAAAACGUCUUGAUAAUGCUGAAAAGGAACGCACAGAACUCCGCGAUGCUUAUAACUCUGCGAAAUCUAUCAUGUCCGCUAACGAAACGCGUUUCCAGCAAGAAUCAGAGAAACGCCAACCGCUCGAACAAGCAUUAUCGGAUGCAAAGCAGGAGCACGACUCGCUUCGAGCGCAAUUGGCAAGCACAGAGGAAGCUCGUCGCACGGCUGAGAAUGCACAGUCGCAGCUAAAGUCGAAGCACGAUCGUAUGAGUGAGUUGUAUGCUUCUAAGCAGGAAGCGCACAAGGUACUCAUAUCGGAGCGUGACGAAGCACGUGCAGAACUUGCGUCACUGCGACAGACAUAUGCCAAGAACCAAGCGGAACUUCAAUUUGAGUGCAAGCGGAUUAGUGAGCAAGAAACUGUACAAGAAAAGCAACGUUCUGAAUUGCAGUGCAAGUUAGAUGAAUCCUCAACUAACCUUAAAAAAGCUCAGGACAAAAUUCGUUCACUUGAGCUUGAAAAUCGCCGGCUUGAGUCGUUGCAGAACAAGACAACUGUUGAGCAUGUGCAUGUGCUUGAAGAGGCCAAAAAAUAUACAGACCGUCAGCUGUCUGAUGUCCAGACAGAGCUGCAAGAGCUAUCCACAUACACACGCUCACUGGAACGCACUCGUGCACGAAUGCAGCAGGAACAUGAAGUCCUCGCUCGCACAGCCGGUGGUCUAAGUAUCGAGGAGGCCAUCAUCCAGCGUGACGAGGCACGCGCCGCCCUUGAAAGGGCUGAAUCUGACUCGGCACGUACCUUGAAGAAGUCACGCGCAGAAUACGAAUCGCGAAUUCGAAAGUUAGAAGACGAGCUUCGUCGCAUGCAUAAGAACCAUCAAACUGAGAAGGCACUCACCUCUCUUGGCAGUGGGCGAAAGUCGCACGCUGCUGCUGCGAGGCAGGUCUUGGCUGAAAUUCAAAUGGAAACGGAAUUGCUAGCCAAGGACCUGGCUCGUGCAAGUUCGUUACACCAACCAUCUACAUAA